GUAAAGUUUAUCUUUCGUCUCCAAGAGAUCUCGUUAAAAAAAUAAAAAAAUAUCUUCUUUCCUCUGUUUUUUCGCGAUAACUUUCGAUCUUGUGAAUUCUCGUUUCGUUUAUUAUUUUUUCUUCUAUCUCCCUCCCUUUCGUUGUUUCUCUCUCUCUCUCUCUCACUCUCACUCUCGCACUCUUUCUUACUCUCUUUCCUUCUCUCACUUUCACUCGACGCCAUUCUCACUCUUUCACUUUCUUUCGUUCGAUAAGAACAUUGCACGGCUCCCAGCUCCAGCUUAUACUGUUUUUAUAGCCUUAUCACGUUUUACGCUCUAAGUGUCUCCGUUAAACAUAUACACGUGCAUACAUUGAACUUAUUAUUGUACCGCAUUUUUCAUUGAACGCAUCCAGACUGUUCAUAGCUGCGGGUUUGUGAUGUGUGUCGAACGAUGCAGAUCGAACGAAUUACACAGUGUGUUUACUUCGUAUGGUGUACAGAUAGCGCUACGAUCAACGAUUAAACUGCGUAAGAUCAGAAUAGCGAAAAUCACUUUGACAGGCGAAUGAAACGACAGGCUCUAAAAUGAGGCAUGAUACAAGUUCGAUGUUUGUGUUUUCUUUUUUUUUUUUUAUUCAUCAAAAGAACAUGUUUCUCGCCUUUUUUUUUUUUUUUACUUUUUAACGUCAAACACUCUGGUGCUUCUUGAUUUUUUUUCGAUCUCAGGUCAGACACGCUCUCCGUUACCGAUAGAGGGAAGUUGUGUUGCGAAGAUAUCUCGAAAAUCGUUUUCUGACAUUUUUGAAUGAUUCGCGAUUACGUUUCUGACUCGAGAUCGUGAUACAAUAACACGAUAUCGAAGCCAACUCGUAACGAGAGUCUAAGCUUAUUUCAACAAUCUUACUGUGCUUCUCAUUACGAUCGUGGCUUCGCCUUUCAGCGCCAAAAGUAUAUUCAAGAUCUAUUACGCUUUUUAAACAUGCACGUGUCCAUGUAAAUAUCAGAUGUACAAAUAUGUUCAACUGUUCUUUGGUACAUGUGGAUAUAUGCGUACAUCUACAGUAGACACUCUAAUAGUAAUAGUGGUAGAAGAAAUAGUAGUGAUAGUAGUAAUAAUAGACGUAGCAAUAGAAAUAGUAAUAGUAAUCGUAGCAAUAGCAAUAGUAAUAGUAAUAGUAGUAGUGAUAGUGAUAGUAAUAGUAAUAGUGGUAGUGGUAGUAGUAAUAGUUCUCGUCUCACUGCACCGUGGUAUCGAAACCACCGUGGUAUAUGUUAUCCAAAACCACGCAGGUAUUUCGUGUUUCGCGAACCUAGAUCGAUGCCUAGAAAGACAUUUUUUGGUUAA